AAGAAGAAGAAGACGAGGGAGGGAGGGGGGCAAAAAAAAAAUGUCAAACGUACGCAUUUCCAAUGGUAGCCCAACGCUGGAGAGAAUGGCAGCCCAACAACCCGGGCACCCGAAGCCCUCCGCUUGCAGGAGCCUCUUCGGCCCCGUGGACCACGACGAGCUGAGCCGCGACCUGCAGAAGAAACGCAACGAGAGCCACGAGCAGGACCGCCUGAGGUGGAAUUUUGACUUCGAGAGGGACAAACCGUUGGAUGGGAAUUACAAAUGGGAAGCCGUGGAUUUCAAGGAUGUGCCGGAUUUUUACUGGCGUCAGACCCGGGAGCGAGUGUCGCCGGCGGAUUGCGGUGUGGAUGUGAACGGGAACCGUGCGAUAGUUUACAUUGGCACAACUGUGGCUCAGGGAAACGCGGCGGGGGAUACGUACUUUGCGAACUCGGAGCGGAGCGACGCGGUUAAAGAGACAGCCGAGCGCUGUACGGACUCAAAGGAGCAGUGCUCCGCUCCCCGCAAGCGAACUGCGUCAGUCGAUUGCUCUCCAGAAGCGAAAAGGGUCACCACGAAGGCAGAGUCCGAGUGGUCAGCGAAUUCUCCCAGUCUGAGUGCUUUCGAGCAAACGCCGAAAAAAUCGAUUCCGAGUGGACAUCACACAUAAAAGAAAAAAAAACACACACAACAAAUCUCAAGAUAUGAAGAUGCCUUUUCCUUGUUCAUCCGUGGCAGUGCUUGACGAAGCGAGGAGGACCUCCUCAGAGACAGACAUAUCGUUCCCUCUCCCAGGGAGGAGAGCCCAAGCACUGAACCCAAGUGAACACUAAACCGCCUCUUUUAGAGUGGAUGUAGCGCUGUGCAAUUAGGUUCUUCCUCAUCACUUGGCUGAUUUUUACUACCUGUGUAUAUAGGGUUUUUUUUGUAGCACAUAAACAGUCUUUUUUUUGGGGGGGGCGGAGGGAAAGUUGCUCAAAAAACAUCAAGAGUCUCUAGCAAAUGUAUGACUUGAAUAGUAGCAGUGUAGUUUUCCAAUGCUGUUAAGUUUUUCUGAACUGCCAAGCUACAAUACCUGUGUAUUGUAUGUUAAAAAAAAAUCUAAAAUGUACCUGUGUACAUAACUUUGUAAAGACACUGAGAAAUUAUACUAACUUAUUUAUGUUAAAAGAAUUGAUGUUUUUGGAAUCUAGAAGAUAAUUUUCCGUUAAGCCAAAGUGGCGUUUUCAUGUGCAUUUGUAAAUGCUUUAUUGUAGAGUUUUUUUUCCAGUUUUUUUUUUGCCUGUCAUNAAAAAAUAAGGCUAUGCUUGAAAGAGAGAGCGUCCUGAGCCAGACUUGUACCCUGCCUUAAUAAUGGUUAUAUUUCUCGUGUUUUUUGUAAUGCGUGAAGAGAUGCUGACGUUUGUUUCACAUCAAGAAAUCAAAAUAAAAAAUAAAAUACUGUA